AUGUAAUUUUAUAAAGUUUCUUUUUAGAAACAUAUAUGCACAUAGAUACUUUUUUGAAAGAAGAAAAGUUAAUCUUGAUUUAUAUAUGUCAUUUGUGUAUGGUUACUUAACAUUUUUGUAGAUUAUUUUGCUCCUAAAAAUUUGGUUGAUGUUCUCACAUGAGUAUUUAGUAGUGGAAAUGUUGAUCCCCCUUUUUUUAUUAUUUAGAUAAUUUUCUACAUGCAUUUUCUAUGCACAUGCCAAAUUUCAACUAAAAAUAAAGCUCCGCAGAUAGUUUAAUUAGUGUUAUACUAAGUAUACUUCUUUUUUUAGGUAGUCCUAGGCAAACAUUUUUUUGUGGUGAUUCUUAUCAGAAACAAACCAAUAUUAUUUUUAAAAGACGAAAGGUUAAGCUUGAUAUUUUAUGAAUAAUAUUUUUGGUUAGUAUAAUUUUUUAUGGAUUAUUUUGCCAAAAACUUUGCAUAAAAAUUUGCUUGAUGUUCUCACAUGAAUUUGUAGUCGAAGAAAUGUUGAUCCCCCUUUUUUUAUUAUUUAGAUAAUUUUCUACAUGCAUUUCCUAUGCACAUGCCAAGUUUCAACAAAAAAUAAAGCUCCGCAGAUAGUUUAAUUAGUGUAGAACUUUUGGAACCUAAUUUUGGCUUUUCUGUUGUUAGUUUGUUGUUGUUUUUUUCGCUAAGCGGAAUACGGGGGCGGAUAGGGGGGCCGACUCUACAAAAAAAAAUUAAUUCUAACAUUGUAUUAUUUUGAUUUUUAUUAUUAGAUUAAAAUAAAAAAUGAAUUCUGCAGACAGAACUUUACUUGACUCUCUAACAGCAACAUCUUCAUCUGCAAUGAAUGCUCUAGUUCCAUCCUCAACUGCAUUGGGUGGUAAGUUUAAAAAUAUUUUUAUUGCAUCCUUUAAAAAACCUGUUCAUAUAUGUAUGUAUUUCAGAGCAAUUGCAAUAUUUAUUUUUUAUUAUACUUUUUAUAACUUAGUUCCAUCUAUAUCUGCUAUAAUUGUUACAUCUUCGGCUGCUACAAGUGGUAAGUUUAUAAACUAUUAUUUUUUAAUAUGUGUAUGCAUAAUAUGUGUAAAAACAUUGUUUCUAAUAUGUCUAUGCCUAUCUUAUCGACUGCAAAUAAAUUGUAAUUUUAUUUAAAAAAUAAAUUUAACUUUAAUCCCACGACCACAACAAUCUACACAACCUUCUGCUGGUAAAUUUAUGAUUUAGAAAUGUUUCUGAAUGAUUAUUUAAUUCAUAAUAUUUUUAUUUAUAUUCACUAAUUAAUACAUUUGUAUUAUGUUAUCCUUCAAAGUGCAGUAAAAGUAAAAUCCAGAGCAGUAUUUAAUUUUUUACUUUAAUUAACAUUUUUCAAGCUAUCAUUGGUUUAUUAUUAUUACAAGUAAUUGGUUUAUAUUAAAUGUUGUGUAAUGCCAUUCAAUACUAAUUUAGUAACAAUUUAUUGUCAUCAAGAGCUUACCUAUCGUGCCUAUAGGAGAUAUCGUGCCUAUAGGAGAUGGACCGAUUAGCAGUCGGUCAUUUUUGCGAUGGGUCCGGUUAGGAGAGAAUGAUGGUGAAUCAUUCAGCUAAGCCUAUUAUCCUCCUAAUAGGGUUGCUGAGAGCUAGCAUUGAUAGGUGUAAUAGUUUGCAAGGGAAAUAUUCUGUAUGUUUUUAAUGUGAUUAAAAUUUGUCGUGUAAAAAAUAUUAAAGUUGUAACUAUAAAUAGUUAUUGACUUUUAAAUGCGUUUAGGAUUUUUUUAUGAUUUUAU